CUGUAGAAUCCUUGUUUGUUUCAGAAAUGAAUUAUUUAGAGCAUUAUUUUCUUCCAUUUGAUUUGUGCAAAGCUAAUGAAAUUGCAGAUGAGUCUCUGUGGAAUUUUGACUCUUUGAUAACAGAGUUUAUGAAAGAACAAAGAAUUCCAGGAGGAGCCAUAGCAUUAUCCUAUAAUGGCAGACUUAUUCACAAACAAGGUUAUGGCAGUACGGGGAAUGGUUCAAGAUGUCUUUCAACAUCCUACUUCCGGAUGGCCAGCAUUUCUAAGACUAUCACAGCCAUGGCUAUAAUGCAGUUAGUGGAACAAAAUAAAUUGCAGCUGAAAGAUAAAGUAUUUAGCAGAAAAGGAAAAGGAAUACUUCCAAAUUUUGUCCCGGAUGGACCCAGUGUCAAAAGCCUGGAGAGGAUUUCAGUGCGGCAUCUCUUAGAACACUCUGGGGGCUGGGAUCGUGAGACAGGGGUGGAUCCAGUGUAUCUGCCCCCUCAGACUGUCUGCCCCAAGGAAUAUAAAGAAUCAACCACACCUGAGGCUCUCUACACCAACUACCAUACAAAUCUCAUCCAGUACAUGAUUAAACAAGCUCUGGAUUUUAAGCCUGGGACUCGGCAUGGCUACUCUAAUUUUGGUUACUUGGUGCUUGGGCAAGUUCUAGAGAAACUCACAGGGAUCCCCUUUCCUGUUUAUAUACAUGAUGUCAUCAACCAGGCAGAUGACUUCUGGGUCUAUGAGGGAGAUGAGCUGCAAAGACUAGAUCCAAAUGAAGUCACAUAUUUUGAAAACAGUGAUAGGUUACAUCCUAGUAUUAUGCCACAUCACGGUGAGAUAUGGAGCAUGCAGUACGGGGGGUACCACAUGAAGGGGACUGGUUCGUAUGGAGGGCUGGUGGCGUCUCCCUUACAACUUUUCUCUCUCCUCUCAACUCUAGACUUUGAGCACUGGUAA